AUGGCUGCACCAAAAGAAGAGCGUAUUGCUGUCCCAAUAGACGAUCCGAAUGCAGAUACAGAAUGGAAUGACAUUCUACGCAAGCACAAGAUCAUCCCCGAGAAGCCUCCCUCUCCCACACCUUUUAUAGAAGAAGCUAUCCUCGAAGGCCGCCGACUAGCACACGAGAACCGCCUCGAAGGCAAAGAUCUCGAUGAGCUCGAUGAACUUGAAGAUCUAGAAGAUGAGUCUUUCUUGGAGAAAUACCGCCAGCAACGAGUCCAAGAGCUCUCUUUCAUAGCCAAGGCGGCUCUCCACGGCGCCGUCUAUCCCAUCUCGAAACCAGACUUCAUCCGAGAGGUCACCGAAGCGAGCAAGAACGGGGCGGUGCUUGUGAACUUGACAAGUGGGCUCGGCACGAAUGUCGAAUCGAGGGUACUUACAGAGCUAUGGCGACAAGCGGCGAAAGAGUAUGGCGAGAUCAAGUUCUGCGAGAUGAGAGGCGACCUGGCGAUUGAAGGAUACCCGGACAAGAACUGUCCCACAAUCUUGGUUUAUAACCAAGGCGAUAUUGUCAAGCAGAUUGUGACGCUGAUGACGCUGGGAGGGGUCAAGAUAGGGAUGGCAGAGAUUGACCAGCUGCUGAUCGAUAUCGGGGCCGUAAGGGACAAUGACGUGAGGAUUUUGAGGCGGAGGAGAGAUAAGGAAGAUUUGGAGGAGGAGAAGAGGGAGAAGGGUGGAAUCCGGUCCGGCGGAAAACAAGAAACAGUGGACAGUGACGAUGACUGGGAUUAA